AUGUGCUGUGCUCUCUGGCUGCUCUUCGGAAAGGCUCGGCUUGUUAACACUGCAGACCUCGCUUCCUCAGGGAAGCCGUUCUCAGUGGUUCUGGAAUGGAGCCGGGAUCAAUACCAUGUUUUGUUUGAUUCCUACAGAGACAAUAUUGCUGGGAAAUCCUUUCAGAAUCGGCUCUGUCUGCCCAUGCCGAUCGACGUGGUUUACACCUGGGUGAAUGGCACAGACCUUGAACUGCUGAAGGAGCUCCAGCAGGUCCGAGAACAGCUGGAGGAAGAGCAGAAGGCGAUGAGGGAAAUCCUGGGGAAGAACACAACAGAACCGACGAAGAAGAGCGAGAAACAGCUGGAGUGUCUGCUGACGCACUGCAUUAAGGUGCCCAUGCUUGUUCUGGACCCACCCUUGCCAGCCAAUAGCACCCUGAAAGACCUGCCAUCUCUUUAUCCAUCUUUCCACGCCGCCAGCGACAUGUUCAACGUUGCAAAACCGAAAAACCCUUCUACUAAUGUGUCCGUUGUUGUUUUUGAGGAUACUAAGGAUGUUGAAGAUGCCUAUGCCGGACUAUUUAAGGGAAGCAGCAAGCAGACGGUUUGGAGAGCCUACUUGACGACAGACAAAGAAGUCCCAGGCUUGGUGCUGAUGCAAGACUUGGCCUUCCUGAGUGGAUUCCCGCCAACAUUCAAGGAGACAAGUCAGCUGAAGACAAAACUGCCGGAAAACCUUUCCUCUAAAAUAAAACUGCUGCAGCUGUACUCGGAGGCCAGCGUCGCUCUUCUGAAACUGAACAACCCCAAAGGGUUCCAGGAGCUGAACCAGCAAACUAAGAAGAACAUGACUAUCAACGGGAAGGAGCUGACCAUCAGCCCUGCGUACCUGUUGUGGGACCUGAGUGCCAUCAGCCAGUCCAAGCAGGAUGAAGAUGUGUCCGCCAGCCGCUUCGAAGACAACGAAGAGCUGCGGUACUCUCUGCGGUCCAUCGAGAGGCACGCGCCGUGGGUUCGGAACGUCUUCAUAGUCACCAACGGGCAGAUUCCAUCCUGGCUGAACCUCGACAACCCUCGGGUGACCAUAGUCACUCACCAGGACAUCUUCCGAAAUCUGAGCCACCUGCCCACUUUCAGUUCACCUGCCAUUGAAAGUCACAUCCACCGCAUUGAAGGGCUGUCCCAGAAGUUCAUUUACCUGAACGACGACGUGAUGUUUGGGAAGGAUGUUUGGCCCGACGACUUCUACAGUCACUCCAAAGGCCAAAAGGUUUAUUUGACGUGGCCUGUGCCCAACUGUGCGGAGGGCUGCCCGGGCUCCUGGAUCAAAGAUGGCUACUGUGACAAGGCCUGUAAUAAUUCAGCCUGUGACUGGGAUGGCGGCGACUGCUCCGGUAACAGCGGAGGGAGUCGCUAUGUUGCGGGAGGUGUGGGUACCGGGAAUCUUGGCGUCGGACAGCCCUGGCAGUUUGGUGGAGGAAUCAACAGUGUCUCUUACUGCAACCAAGGGUGUGCAAACUCCUGGCUCGCCGAUAAGUUCUGUGACCAAGCCUGCAACGUCUUGUCCUGUGGGUUUGAUGCUGGUGACUGUGGACAAGAUCAUUUUCAUGAACUGUAUAAAGUAACUCUUCUCCCAAACCAGACGCACUAUGUCAUCCCCAAAGGUGAACACCUACCUUAUUUCAGCUUUGCCAAAAUAGCCAGGAGAGGAGUGGAAGGCAGCUACAGCGACAAUCCGAUAAUCCGGCAUGCAUCCAUCGCGAACAAGUGGAGAACCAUUCAUCUCAUACUGCACAGUGGGAUGAACGCAACCAUGAUCCACUUUAACCUCACACUCCAGAAGUCCAACGAUGAAGAGUUCAAAAUCCAGAUAACAGUGGAGGUGGACACAAGGGAGGGGCCGAAACUGAACGCCACAACCCAGAAGGCCUAUGAAAAUUCGGUUAGCCCAGUGACACCUCUUCCCCAGGCCGAAAUCCCUUUUGAAGACGUUCCCAAGGGGAAACGCUUCCCCAAAGUCAGGAGACACGAUGUUAACACCACAGGGAGAUUCCAGCAGGAGGUGAAAAUCCCCCUGGUAAACAUUUCACUCCUUCCGAAGGAGGCCCAGGUGAGACUGAGCAACUUGGACCUGCAGCUGGAACUUGGAGACAUCACCCAGAAAGGAUACAACUUCUCCAAGUCAGCCCUGCUGAGGUCCUUCCUGAAAGGCUCACUAGAUGCUAAAGGAAAACCUCCAUCUAGACGGACCAACGAAGCAAAUGACCAUCUGGAGGCCCCACAGGAAAAUCCCUCUCACAGAAGCCCAGGUGGCUUUGCUGCCGGUCAGAGAGCAGAGAGACGGACAUCCCCAGUGAGGACAGUGGACGCGAAUGACCGUGACCGUGGUUUGAAUCCACCCCUGGUCUACGCGAAUGGCCAUGACCGUGGUUUGAAUCCACCCCUGGUCUUGGAGAGCAACGCAAGAUUUAGGUUGGAAACUCAGGCCCCACAUGCACCAAGCAUGAGUGUACCCAGAGAAGACUUCACCGGGAAAGAAGAGGCAGGAGGCAGAGCAGAGGGUGAUGCUGAUGGCCGCGUAGCCGUAGAAGAAGUAGUGCGGGGAAGGCAGCUACGCCACUACACGGAGACUUACCCAGGCUUUUUGCCUUGGGAGAAAAGAAAGUAUUUCCAAGACCUUCUUGAUGAGGAAGAGUCGUUGAAGACACAACUGGCGUACUUGACCAACAGCAAACGUGCAGGGCGGCAGCUGAAAGACACGUUUGCGGACUCACUCCGAUACGUCAAUAAAAUUCUCAAUAGCAAGUUCGGAUUCACGUCCAGGAAAGUCCCCGCACACAUGCCCCACAUGAUCGACAGGAUCGUCAUGCAAGAGCUACAAGAUAUGUUCCCCGAGGAAUUUGACAAGACAUCGUUUCACAAGGUGCGCCACUCGGAGGACAUGCAGUUCGCCUUCUCGUAUUUCUAUUACCUCAUGAGUGCGGUGCAGCCCCUGAAUCUUUCCCAAGUCUUUGAUGAAGUAGAUACAGACCAGUCUGGCGUCUUGUCGGACAGGGAGAUCAGAACACUGGCUACCCGGAUCCACGAUCUGCCUUUAAGCCUGCAGGAUCUGACAGGUUUGGAACACAUGUUAAUAAAUUGCUCGAAAAUGCUUCCUGCCAAUAUCACUCAACUGAGCAAUAUUCCACCAACCCAGGAAGCGUACUACGAUCCCAACCUGCCGCCAGUCACUAAAAGUCUUGUCACCAACUGCAAACCCGUGACCGACAAAAUCCAUAAAGCGUAUAAAGACAAGAACAAGUAUAGGUUUGAAAUCAUGGGAGAAGAAGAAAUUGCUUUCAAGAUGAUCCGCACCAAUGUGUCUCAUGUGGUUGGCCAGCUGGAUGACAUAAGGAAGAACCCCAGGAAGUUUGUUUGUCUAAACGACAACAUUGACCACAAUCACAAAGAUGCCCAGACGGUGAAGGCUGUUCUCAGGGACUUCUAUGAAUCCAUGUUUCCUAUCCCUUCCCAGUUCGAGCUGCCGAGAGAGUAUCGGAACCGUUUUCUUCAUAUGCAUGAGCUGCAGGAAUGGAGGGCAUAUCGAGACAAGCUGAAGUUUUGGACCCACUGCGUGCUAGCAACACUGAUUAUAUUCACUAUCUUCUCGUUUUUUGCUGAACAAAUAAUUGCCCUUAAACGGAAGCUAUUUCCCCGGAGGAGAAUACACAAGGAAGCUAGUCCAGAUCGAAUCAGGGUGUAGAAGUUCUUUGUUUGCAAUCACCUACCUCAGCGUCUCCUGCGCAUCUCACACCUCACCAUCACGGGGUGUCCGCAUGACGUGAUGCAGACACAAGCAUGUCCCCAUGAUGUGAUGCACCAACACAGGGGUAUCCCGUGAUAUGAUGCAUAGACACGGGGGUGUCCCCAUGAUGUGAUGCACUGACACAGGGGUGUCCCCAUGAUUUGACGCACAGACAUGGGGUAUCUACAAGACGUGACACAGACACAGGGUCUCCCCAUGAUGUGACGCACAGAUGGCGUGCUCGGAAGAAGGGACAGCAUGCAGACUGUGUUCUACUGCAGCAUGAAGAGAGCCCACUGUCCUGGAAUUAAUCAGCACUGAGACCUUGUGUUGGCAGCCGUACAGCUUGUACUUUUAAGGGAUUUGCCGAAGAGAUUUGUCAGCUUGUUGAUUUAAGGGAUUUGUCAGCUUGUUGAUGGACCCUCGCUGACAAGCUGCUGGUUUCCUCUCACAGUCCCUGCAGCCUGAGAAGCGGGGCCAGCCUGGGGACAAGUGCUGAGGGACCCCAGGCUUUGCAUUCCGAAGUUCUUUGGCCCUAACUUUCUACUUUCUUCUUUCUUUCCUUCAUUUCUCAUUUUUAAAAAUAAGUAACGACUAAGCUGUCCUCGCUUCUGAAAAUAACGAAAUCAGAAUGUCCAAAUGUUUGUAUAGAUCUUAUUUAAAUAAUGUAGAGCUAUCCUUUCCUUUUUAGCAUAUCUAAAUUAUUGACUUUUAUGAGCAUUCAAGUGGUCUUGAAUCACUAAUGACUACUGAAGACCUGGGGGCGUUGAUGUCGGCAGCACUUUGUUUAACCUAGCUCCCAGGAUGCUGGGAUUUCGUCUGCAGGCCUAAUUGCAAAGGGCUAGUGUCAAGCACCAAUGCUAUUCACCAGAUGUCAUCAUGUCUUGGAAACGGACACACUCAAACAAAAGUGCCUCACUCUAGAAAUGAGUAGUGUCGACGGCGGCACCAGCACGCGGCUGUGGCGUCCAGCUGAAAACCCGUCUCUGUCAGCAGCUCACUUUUCGCUUGCUGUGGGAACAGUGGUCCGCCAGCUUUUUUUGUUAAGAAAACAGAGCGGAUAACUUGAGACACAUCUGUCUUUGUCAAACAUUCUUCUUGGCUUAAUUUUUUUGUUUGUUUGGUGUGGGGGGCUUCUUUUGUUUUUGUAAACAGCCCGAUAAAACCAGCUUUAGCUUGCAACUCUACAAAAACAGGCUCCAGCCAGACUUGAACCACAGGCCAUUGUUGGCAGACCAGAGAAUCAGCCUCAUUUUUACAUAUGAGUGAACAAACCACAAACCCUGACAUUAGCCAUGCUCCAUUAUAUCAUUGUAUAGUGGUUUUGUGGAGACCUGAUUCCAUGAAUCCGCUUUGAAUUCUGACAGCUAUCUUCAAUCAUGAUUUCAGUGGUAUUCUUCCCAAAUUGCACACACUUUUGUAAUGAGAACUUGAAAUGUAAAUACUGUGUUUGUGCUGUAAAUUUUGUGUAUUUCAAAAAUUGAAAUCUCAUAAAAAAGAUCACAUUUA